AGUCCGUGAGCGGGACGACAGCAGCUACGCCCUGUGCCUCAGCCACGGUGGCUCGGUGAAGCACUACAAGGUGGACGUGACACCUAGCGGCGAGUUCGCCAUCCAGGACGGGCAGCGCUUCCCCAGCAUCAUGUCGCUGAUCAGCCACUACACCCUGUUCAGCGACGGUCUCUGGUGCCCUCUGACCGAGGCGUGUGUGCGCCCCGACUGCCACCUGGCGGCCAAGCCGACGACCACUGCCAGCCGAGCGGAGCAACGGCGAAGCUUCGCGGCUACAACCACCACCACUGCACGCACAGGCAUCCUCAACCGGCUCGUCGCGAGCAUCACGCCGCAGCAGGCAAUGGAGCGAUCGCGGACCAUGCCUCGGCUUCGGGCACCUUCGCGGCUCUCCUGCUCGUCGCCGCCCCCGCAGCAACCGCACCAUCACCACCAUCACCUGCCGGCGGCCUCCACCGGGGCCACCAUCGGCUGCCACCACUCCCCGUCGGGCGCACACACGUCGUCGGGCGGAGGCCGGCGCUCGGCCACGGGCAGCCGGCUGCACAAGGCUUCCAGCUUCGACCACCUGCUACCGGGGUUCAUCAGCUACCUGUUCUCGGGAGACGGAGACCGAAAGACUCUGCGCCGCAAGAGCUCGGGCGGCAAGCGACUGCCGGAGAUGGAGCAGACCCUGCCGCGUCGAGUGCCCUCGGUGCCGUCCGAGUACUCGUGCGAGCGCCCCGUGCCGGCGCCUCGCCACUCGCUGGCGCGCAGGGACUACCAGGAGGACCCGGUUUACGCGAACCGGCAGGCGCUGCUGCGGCGCGCUGCCGCCGCUGCAGCAGCUGCUGCUGCGUCCGCCGAGUCCGGACCGGCGGCGCCCGUCUCGGACGAGGCGCCCCUCGUGGAAGAGAAGCCCACCCAAGAAGAG